CAAUAGCCUUGAGCCAUAAUUUUAAAACUCUCUCCAGCAUCCAGCCCCUUCAUGGUCACUCUUCACUGGCGAUGCACGACCGUUUCUCUCCCCAACCGUGGAUUUCCUAUUACUCUUGUUACGACUCACUGAAUCCCAGGCCCAAGGAUAAUGAUGUGUUGUUUCUUGGUAGCAUAAUUUGUCACACGUACAUUUUUUUGCGAAAGCUGCUCUCAGACUUCUUGCUGGUGCUAAUUCUGGAGACAGUAUAUCAAAUGAUGAACGACAAAAAAACCUCGCAAGCGUAACUGCUGAAGUUGCAACGCGUGGAGCUUGAUCGGAUACGGAUUUUACUGGGGGAUCGAAGCAAAGAGAAGGUAAAAAAAGCAGAGAAAAAAAUAUAUAAAAGUGAAGAUCUCUGAUCGAAGUGGACGCUAGUUUGCAGCCCAGUGUACACAGGAGGUGUCCCAAGUUAGAUAUCAUGUCAAGAUCUGGAGACAGGACGUCCACCUUCGACCCUUCUCACAGUGAUAACCUCCUACACGGCCUCAACCUACUGUGGCGUAAGCAGCUUUUCUGCGAUGUGACUCUGACAGCCCAAAGCCAGCAGUUCCAUUGCCACAAAGCCGUGCUGGCUUCCUGUUCCCAGUAUUUUCGAUCGCUCUUCUCCAAUAGCCAGUGCAAGGAGAGCACAAACGAAUCGGGGAACCGGACCCCUUCCUCCCCGGCCGAGGAUAUCACCAGGUCCAUCAAUAACAUCGUCCUGCAGGGCUGCUCGGCCACCGGGGUCUGCCUGGUGCUGGAGUACAUCUACACGGCCAACAUGACACUCUCGCUGGACACGGUGGAGGACGUGCUGUCCGUCAGCAAGAUCUUGCACAUCCCCCCGGUCACUAAACUCUGCGUCCAGUUCCUCAACGACCAGAUAUCGAUGCAGAACUACAAGCAAAUCUGCCAGAUUGCUGCCAUCCACGGGCUGGACGAGACCAAGAAGCUGGCCAACAAGUACUUCGUGGAGGACAUCCUGCUGCUGAAUUUCGAGGAGGUGUGCGCCAUGAUGGACUCAAUGCCGCCACCUGUGGAGUCGGAGCUCGCUCUUUUUCAGAUGUCCGUGCUGUGGCUCGAACACGACCGGGAGACCCGCAUGCAGUACGCGCCGGACCUGAUGAAGCGGCUCCGCUUCGCCCUCAUCCCCGCCACCGAGCUGGUGGAGAGGGUGCAGUCCGUCGACUUCAUGCGGAGCGACCAGGUCUGUCAGAAACUCCUGCUGGACGCGAUGAACUACCACCUCAUGCCGUUCAGGCAGCACUGCCGCCAGAGUCUGGCCAGCAGGAUUCGUUCCAGUAAGAGACUCUUGUUAUUGGUCGGUGGAUUGCCUCCUGGUCCAGAUCGACUUCCAAGCAACUUAGUUCAGUAUUAUGAUGAAGAGAAGAAAACAUGGAAAAUUCUUACAAUAAUGCCUUACAACAGUGCCCAUCACUGUGUUGUGGAAGUAGAAAACUUCCUGUUUGUACUUGGAGGAGAAGACCAAUGGAACCCAAAUGGGAAACAUAGCACUAAUUUUCUCAGCCGGUAUGAUCCUAGGUUUAACAGUUGGAUACAACUUCCCCCUAUGCAAGAAAGGCGAGCCAGUUUCUACGCCUGUCUUCUGAAUAAACAUUUGUAUGUGAUCGGUGGAAGGAAUGAGAGUGGUUAUUUGUCAAGCGUUGAAUGCUACACUCUGGAAACCAAUGAGUGGUGUUACCUGUCCUCCUUGCCACAGCCUCUGGCAGCUCACGCCGGUGCCAUGCACAAUGGAAAGAUUUACAUAUCAGGAGGCGUUCACAAUGGGGAAUAUGUGUCAUGGCUGUACUGCUACGACCCAAUCAUGGAUGUGUGGGCCAGAAGGCAAGACAUGAACACCAAGCGGGCCAUUCACGUUCUGGCGGUGGUGAAUGGUCGUCUGUACGCUAUUGGGGGAAACCAUUUAAAAGGUUUCUCACAUCUUGAUGUGAUGCUCGUUGAAUGUUAUGACCCUAAAGGUGACCAAUGGAACAUUCUCCAAACUCCUAUCUUGGAAGGUCGCAGUGGCCCGGGAUGCGCUGUACUUGACGACAAUAUUUAUCUUGUUGGUGGAUACAGCUGGAGCAUGGGGGCCUACAAAUCAUCUACAAUCUGCUACAGCCCUGAGCAAGCAACUUGGACAGAAUUGGAAGGGGAAGUUGCUGAGCCAUUAGCAGGCCCAGCAUGUGUAACUGUUACAUUGCCAGCCUGUGUGCCGUACAGUAAAUAAAACAUUUUGUCAGUUCACAACAUUAAUAUAAACACUCAAGACAAUUUAUUUAAAUGAUAUCAAGUGCAAAGUACUGAAUUCUUACUCCCAAACACAUUUAAUGUUUGAAAUGUGCUUUUUUACUAUGGUAAUUUAUGACUGAAAAUAAUGUUAUGUAAAUCUUUGUAUCUUUCAGAAGAAAGGCAUGAACAAGUAAAAUAACUGAUGUAGUAGAAUAUAACAAAAUGUAAAUUUUGUACAGGAUAAGAAAGUGUAAAUGAAGCUUGUCUGUUGAAAACCUACUUAAAUAAAAACUUAAAAUGCUGUGUUUUAUCUUCA